AUUUUAUUAGCUGCUGCUCUCACACACGCAUCCAUCACCUGCCGCUGUUUUCCCAGAGUUCCGGACCUACAUCAAGGAGAGUUACAUGGCCUCGGGUCGCUCUGCCAUCAAUUCGUUUGCCAAGCGCACACAAGGGCGCCCGUCAUAUCCGCUAACGUGUGCCCCCGGGAAGGAGUAUGACGGGGGCCUCGUCUGCUAUGACCCUUGUCCUUCGGGCUACACGGGAGUUUCAUGGUUGUGCUGGCAGUCCACGUGCCCGCCCAACCAAGGUCUCAUUGAUUGCGGCACCUACUGCGCACCCCAGACGGCCGGCUCGUGCGCAAACUUCAUUGGUGCAACCUACCAGAACUGCCAAUCGAAGUACGGGUACGGUCACCACCGCCGGGAGCUUCUGCUUGGUGGCACCGGCACGGAGAACUGGGCCAACCACACGAAGGCUCUUGCAGCUGGUGCAGCUGGUGCAGCGGCGGCCGUAGGCGACGCCGCCGCUCGCAGUGGCGCCCGUCACGGCUCGUCUGAUCCGGGGGUGGUUGUGGUCACGCCUGCUGAAAGCCCUGCUGACGCCAGCGGUUCGCACGCCAACAUGCGUCGGCGUGAGACCCAACAGCGCCCGAAGUGCAACAACGCUGCCGUCACAACUCCCGAAUGCUUCUGCGAUGAUAAGAAGCCGGGCGUGUAUGCCAACCCCUUCGGUACCAAUGCCACCUACAUCUUCUGUGACGGCCGCUCAUCAACGACCUGGGAGUGCGAGAAGGGUCUUCAGUUCUCAUCGGCGAAGCAAGCCUGCGACUUGCCGCCUGCCGCACCCUGGGCGCGGACGUGCAAAGGCAGGCAGGACGGUUUCUACUUCCUAGGGGACUCCUCCACCGCCGCAAACGCGUACAAGUGUGAGGGCGGCAAGGUCCUUACGAAAUGGUGCCCCCAGGGUGAGGUCCUCAACACGAGCACUAAUGAGUGUGACUUGCCGGGCCCACUUAUCAAGGAGCCCCCGCUCUGCACGGACGCGGCAUGCUUCUGCAACAGCAAGACAGAUGGCAAGUACACGAACGUGGUGAACCGGACAGAAACAUCUUACAUCGAAUGCUCUGGUGGCACCGGCCUCGUGGUGGCGUGCCCGAAGAACAAGAUCUGGAACGAGGCAACCCAAAAGUGUGCCAACAACCGACGCAAGGAUGAUGACAAGUCUCCUGUCAAAGUUGAUGCAGAAGGGUGCACAAGCUCUGACUGCUUCUGUGUUGGCAAGACCAACGGAACCUACAACAAUCCAUUUGUUCCCAAGACUGGAAUCACCUGCGUCAACGAGGGCAGUUCGCUCAUGACCUGUCCUGAGGGGUUCAAGUUUAGCCUUGGCAAAGAUGGAUUCUGCCAGCCGGCUGAUGGCAAUGGUUAUCCUGGAAAGGGCACUUCGCAGGGGGCAAGCACUGCUGCUGCCAGCGCUCCUGCACCCAGCGUUCCGUCGCCGCCUGCCGGCUUAGGCGUCAGUCCCCAGCCCCCCAGCCCUUUCCCCUCUCGUCGCAACAACAACCCGUCGGGUCAGGUCGCCAGGGAGGAAGACCCAAUCACUGCUUCGGGGCUGCAGCAAGAGCAGAACGUGCAAGCGCCCACAACCGCAGGAGAGGGUAGCGGGCUGCCGGCUGGCUCAUCCGCGGAGGGCAGCUCAGGCGUCCCUGCUGCAAGCGGCGGUAUUGGAACCAUUGAAAGUGGUGAUGCUCGAAAUGCCACCGAGGAAAGCACCGUUGCGAGGGAUACGACUGCCGGCAGCACCACCACAAAUGCAGCCGGCAGUCGUGCUGUGUCAGCAUCAGUCAUAAUUGGCGCCGUUGGUGGUGUCGUUGGUGGCGUGGUGCUGGUUGCAGCCACGGUCAUGUUGGUGCGCUGGCGUCGUGGCGUUGUACAUGUGAACACGCGUGUUGUGCCCGCUAAUGUGGGCAGCGCUAACAUGUCUUAAUAGCCUGCACAUAACCUGAUACACUUUUGAAAGCAGCAGGAGUGUAAGCGAAAACCAGCAGGAUGUUCAAUUUUACUUGAGAGAUAUUAUUUGAGUGGGGGGUGAUAUGAGGCAGCAGCAAUUACUCAUCAUGUUGCCUCACACGGGCCCAUGGCUUUGGAACAGGACCUAGAUCGGUAGCCGACGACUCCUCUUUCAGGAUAUGUAAUGCUUGCUUCUUAGUUGCAGUAUUAGCAGUAUGUAGGCCUCAAUCGAGCGAAGUAAUCGGCAAGGUAGGCGAGCGCGUAUGCACCUGCCAUGGUACGUCCAUCCAUGACCGCAGGAGUAUCUAGUAUGCGAGGGCAUGCCUGAUUUGUGAGUAUGGGAAGGAACAUACAGGUGUUUGUUGGACCGAAGCUGAAAGGUAUGCGGGCGGUCUCGUACGUCUAAGUUAACUGUGGUCAUGUGUGCGCGCCUGUGCGCACAUGUGGACUUAGAUACAUGCGAAUAAUGCGAACGUAUGCGUGCAUCAUGCGUGCGUGUUUUGCUUGAUAUUCAUAUCGCACUGGUGGGCCCCUUACUAAGCUAGUGGCAUGCCCAAUCGAUGUGUCAGUGGCGUGUGGGCCUGUAUGCGCGCCUGAAUCUAGCCUGCGUGCUGUGGACCCGCGAGUGUCUCUCUUUGAAUGGCUUGUGAUCCAUGCUUUCUGUUGUGAGGCCCAUCCUUUCGGCUGUACUGUUUGGCGAGGGGCUGGCUAUUCACCAAAGACUACUGCUGGCGAUUCACAUAGCACAAAUAUGGAGGUUGCAAGGUGCGCACAGUGAUACGUGGGAUGUAAGGGGACGUAUGCAACCCCAGGCCACCAAAAGCUUUGUUAGUUGACCGGAAAAGCAUGUUCGCCAUUGGUAUGUGCAUGCUCGCGUGUGCGUGGAAGUGGAUACGCAUGAUGAAUUAGCUCUCCCUGGUGUGACUUGCUCGCGAUGUGUAUGCGGGUUUCGACGUUCUAAUGUAUGCCUCCUUGCGUGCCUAUCUAUUUUUGCUCCGUGCAUUCCAUGAUGGUCGUUGCAUCAAUGCUGACCGUUUGCCUUUGUGUGCUUCCUUGGAAGCGGGCACAUGCAUUACCGGUAUAAGUCGCCUAUCUGAUGUCAGCCUGUCACUCAACUACCGCUUAAUCCAUGCCAUGCACAAAGUUUAUCAAUUGAGGUGCUAACCAAUGAACCCACUGCUGUAUCUGUGUUUCCGUACAUGUCGCUUUUACACCUGCGCCUGGCUUGUUUCCCCUGGGCAUCCCAGUUCCCAUCCUUGCAUGUGUUGUUGUGCUCUGGAGAUCCAUGUUCGCAUUCAGGCUCAAGCCGCAUGUUUAUAAACAGUGUAAGUGUGUUUUGAU